AUGCGCGAUGUCCAAGGGAGCGGAUUGACAGGUCCGCCAGCCAAGAGUCCGCCAGUGUCCACUGGGGGUCCACAAAGAGCAACUCGAAGCACUGGUGGGGACACACAGGUGGCCAAACCUCGAGACCACAUCGCUGAGCAGAUGGAGGAGGAGUUCAGCGUCGUCAGCGUCGAGGCAUUUAUGCCGCAUUAUCUACCAUUUGAGCCCGCCGAAGACGACGUCAAGCAAAUGGAUAAAUCGCUUGCCAAGAUGGAAAUCUUGGUUGAGGUCGAUGGAAACCCCCGUUUUCACGAAGUCUUGGUUCCCCCUUGCAAGAUUGACGGGACAGAGACUCCCUCGUACAGACUUCUCGAUGAUGUUUCUCGCGCAAUAGCUUCUGUGCCUGUCGAGGGACGGAAGCGCAACAGAUUCAGCUUCCGCGUUUGCCCUGACACCGUCAUCAAGUCGCAAAUUGCUGGCUCGGACAACAAGGUCGACGGAUGCUUUACCUCAGAGGAUCCUGAGAGCAAGACAUUGGAUACCUCCCAUCUUGCAUGUAUCCUCGAAUACGGGUUGAAUUCCACGCAAGUGGCCGAGAACAACAAGCAAGCUUUGUCGGCAAGUGUCCAGAUCAUGAAUGACGAUGUCUGUCGCAUGUUCACAUAUGGGAUUACCAUUAUCGAAGACUGCGUUACUCUAUGGUAUCAUUCUCGGUCGCACUCGAUGAUCUCAGAGCCCUUCAAUUUUGUAGAAAACCCACGACUCCUGAUCAAAGUGUUCAUGUCCUUCUUGUUCGCCACGGAGGAAGAGCUGGGCUAUGACCCGAUGGUCAUGCGAGACGCUAAAGGGGACUAUAUAUACAGAAUCCCCUCUACCGAGCAGGGACAACAACGCGACCGUUUCUUCCGCACUACCGCUUCCAUAGCCGAGUAUCGUUCGAACAAUAUCACUGGUCGUAUGGCUCGGGUGUGGAAGGUGGUCGAAUGCAAUCCGAGUGGCGCUGUGUUAUCGCCCAGCGAGCCUUCCCGUGUAUUGAAGGAUGUCUGGCUGGAGGAUUCGGCACUUACUGAGGCUCAAAUUCAGUCUCAGAUCUUUGAGGAUAUCCAGAAAUUCUUCCGUGACAAGCAAGACGCACGAUAUCUUGCCUUCGAGAGGUUGCGGCCUUCAAUCAGUGACCUAGAACGGAAUGACAGAUACAAGAAAUAUUUCAUCGAAAUCGUGGCGGAUUAUGAAGGCAGGCGGACUAAACCUCGCUCUCCCAAUUCGCAAAGAAAGCACAUGCUGUUUUCCACCGUUGAACCGUUAGCGCUCCCGACGACGUCAAAUCGGGGUGGUAGCGGGACUCCCUGCCCGACCGAAAGCAAGAUCACCUUCGAUGAGGGUCCUCGUGAGUUUGCGCCGAGGAAACAAUAUCGGGUUGUCUUUGGGGAGGUAUGCGAGGCUGUGGGUGACCUUAGAACCGUAGGCGAGGUUGCGGACGUCCUCAGUCAGGCAGUCGUUGCGCUUCGCCUUAUGUAUUGCGCCGGAUGGGUUCAUAGAGAUAUUAGUUCUGGCAACAUUCUGGCCCAUCGCCGCAGCUCAUCAAGUCCAUGGCAAGUUAAAUUGUCCGACCUGGAGUACGCAAGGCAGUUCUCUGAUUCAGACCGCAAUGUGGGGGAUGACCCUAAAAUCGGCACACCAUACUUCAUGCCUCACGAAAUCCUCAGUUCUCGCUACAUCGCGCCUCAGUCUGUCACCGAGAAGGAACCCGAGCUCGGGGAUGAUGAUUUCAGAGACGGCGGCGCUCCACAACACCCAGAACCUCCAACUGUGUACAAUUUCCAGCACGAUUUGGAAUCUAUCUGGUGGAUUUUCGUAUGGACCAUAACCUGCCGAGUUUCCCAUGAACCUUCUAUUGCCUUUGGGAGAAAGAUAUUCCAGAACCUCAUGGAACCCCCACUCGCUAGAUUGAGAUUUUUGGAAGAGACCAUCACCCAGCAAUUUAUGGGGUGCCUGUUGUCGCCGCUACAGCAACUAGCAGCCCCCUUGGAAGUGUUGCGUAGCUUCAUGGUGGUUGCGUACACAUACCGGCGGAAGGCCAACGGCUUGGCCGACCUCUCAUCCUAUGUCAAAGCUCACCAGGGGUUUGUGAUUUUCUUUGAAAAGGUCAAACAGUCUCAGGCGACUUGGGGCGAUACGCUCUUGGUGACUUACCAUCGUCCCGUUGCCAGUAUGACAAGUGUUCCCGGCGCCGCAGACAUUGCUAAACCAACACGACUCAAGCGACCGCGUGACGACGACGCCUAUGAACCGGACGCUGAGGCACAGAGGCCGAAGUCCAGGCGUUCAAAAAAGGCUAGCGGGAAGACGUAG